CUUCGGAAUCUGAAGCGCUGAUCUCUCUCUCUCUCUCUCUCUCUCUCUCUCGUCCUCGGCCUUCGCCUGCUCGCAGAUCUGGUGGGGGUUCUGGGAAAACCCUAAUGCGGGUUCUCCGACUCGGCGUCUGAGCUGAGCGAGGGCUUCUUCCCAGCUGCGAAAUGCGCGGCCUGGCCUGGCCGGACGACCACCCGGGAAGCUUCCCCAAGAGGGAGCCGGCCGAGGACGCCGCGGAGAGGCCGCUGGCGAACGGCGACGUGUACCGCGGGGGGUUCGCGGGGGGGGCGCCGCAGGGGCGGGGGAAGUACGUGUGGGCGGACGGGUGCAUGUACGAGGGGGAGUGGCGGCGGGGCAAGGCGGCCGGGAAGGGGCGGUUCUCGUGGCCGUCGGGCGCCACCUUCGAGGGCGAGUUCCGAUCGGGGCGGAUGGAGGGCUUCGGCACCUUCACGGGGCCCGACGGGGCCACCUACCGCGGCGCCUGGGUCGCGGAUCGCAAGCACGGCUACGGCGCCAAGCACUACGCCAACGGGGACUACUACGAGGGCACGUGGCGCCGCAACGCGCAGGAGGGGCAGUGGCGCAACGGCAACCAGUACAUCGGGGAGUGGCGCGCCGGCGUCAUCUCCGGCCGCGGCGUCCUCAUCUGGGCCAACGGCAACCGCUACGACGGCCUCUGGGAGGGCGGCGUCCCCAAGGGCAGCGGCGUCUUCACCUGGCCCGACGGCAGCUGCUACGUCGGCACCUGGUCCAGGGCCGGCGGCGUCUGCGGCACCUUCUACCCCCCCGCCGCCGCCGCCUCCUCCGCCCUCUCCAGUAACCGAAAGCGCUCCUCCUCCGUCGACGCCGCGCCCGCCCCCCCCUCUUCCACCCUCCUGCGCGCCCGCUGCAGCCCCGCACUGCAGCGCACCCGGUCCAGCCGGUUCUGGUUCUCCCCUGCAGAGUCGAAGAAGCCGGGCCAGAUGAUUUCCAAGGGCCACAGGAACUACGAGCUCAUGCUCAACCUCCAACUGGGUAUCAGUUACUCUGUGGGAAAGACGGCAUCGCUGCCGAUGCGAGAGCUGACCCUGCCGGAUUUCGAUCCGAGGGAGAAAUUCUGGACGAGGUUCCCGCCGGAGGGAUCCAAGGUUACUCCCCCGCAUCAAUCUCCAGAGUUUCGGUGGAAAGAUUACUGCCCCAUGGUGUUCAGGCACCUGAGAAAGUUGUUUUCGGUGGAUCCGGCGGAUUACAUGCUAGCGAUUUGUGGAAACGAUGCUCUAAGGGAGUUGUCCUCGCCGGGCAAGAGUGGCAGUAUCUUCUACCUUACUCAGGAUGAUCGGUUCAUGAUUAAGACUGUGAAGAAGUCUGAAGUGAAGGUGCUUAUUAGGAUGCUACAUAGCUACUAUCAGCAUGUAUGCCGAUACCAUAACACUCUAGUAACAAAGUUCUAUGGCGUUCACUGCGUGAAGCCAAUUGGUGGUCAGAAGGUCCGCUUCAUAGUAAUGGGCAAUUUAUUCUGCUCAGAGUACCGAAUCCAUCGGCGUUUUGAUCUUAAAGGCUCCUCCCACGGUCGGACAACAGAUAAGGUGGAUGGAGAAAUCGAUGAGACCACCACACUCAAGGACCUUGACCUUGACUUUGUAUUCCAUUUGCAAAGAUAUUGGUACAAAAAGCUUCUAGAACAAAUCACGAGGGAUUGCGAGUUCUUGGAAUCGGAGGGAAUCAUGGAUUACAGUCUCUUGGUGGGAAUUCACUUUCGUGACGAUAAUUCUGCUACUAAGAUGGGCCUGCCAUCUGCUAUUGCUUCUCCAAAAUUUUCCGGAAAGAGAGAAUCAUUUCAAGGUGGUGGGGGCUUCUUCGAGUAUGAUAUUGAUCGAGUCCUUGAUGGCCAAAAGCCAAUGAGUAGAUUGGGUGCGAACAUGCCAGCUAGGGCAGAGCAUGCAUCGAGGAGGAGCGAGUUCGAACCACUGGUCCUAACAGGAGGAGGGUUCUUGACCCCGAACCAAAGCAGCGGAAGCCAUGAAGUAAUCCUCUUCUUUGGGAUAAUCGACAUCCUUCAAGACUAUGACAUUAGUAAGAAGCUCGAGCACGCCUACAAGUCCUUGCAGGUCGACCCCAAUUCCAUUUCUGCAGUGGACCCGAAGCUCUAUUCUAGAAGGUUCCAAGAUUUCAUCGGCAGAGUCUUCAUCGAGGAUGACGGAUAAUGCAAAGGAGAGGAUCAAGAGAUCUGAUUGAGGGAGGAGCGGGCGAGAGCGCGGAUAAGAUUUAAUUUUUGAAGGCUGGCUGGCUGGCUGGCUGGCUGGCUGGCUUUGUGAGAUGAUGGGGAGAAAAAGAAACAAUUUUCUUUGAUUGGUGGAAAGCAAGCAAUCAGAUGGAAGCCCCCCCCCCUUUCUCCUUUCUGGAGGGAGGGUAUCACCACGCAUUGACUGAUUGGAGGAAAGACCCUCGAAUUUUCUACAAUUGGUUGGGGUGGAGGCUGAAUUUUGGAGCUCAGCCGUGGGGGAGGUGUUUGUUUGUUGUAUAUGCUGGAUUUGGUGAGGGAGAGAAUUGGUUGGUUUUCCCUUCUUUUAAUUAGGUUUUUCUUUUUCUUUUUCUUUUUCUUUUUUUUUCUUUUUUAUUAAGUUUUUCCCCUUCUUUCCUUUGUUUUUCUCAUUUUGUUAGGUAAGAGGGGAAGGGACAGUGAGUCUUUAGUUUUCUUCUUUCUUUUUUUUUUUUUUAAUUUUUGUUGAAAAGAGAAAAGGAUUUUGAAGGAUGUAUUGGGGGGAGGGGGCUAUGGAAUAAUAACGGAUAUGUACAGAUA